AUGUCUAUUGUUUCUAUUCCCAAGAAAAGCCACGUUAGUGAGCUUGGUGGCUCUUCACAAAAACAACUCUUUGGAAAUGUCUCUUCAACACCUGGAUUUGGACAAUUAAAACCACGUGUAUUAGAAGAUGAGAGAACCAGUUUAUUUUCACAACUUUUGAAUAAGAGUAAAGAAAUAAAUAGAACCUAUGUAGUUUCUGCUUGUAACAAAUUGUCCAGUCCUUUACCUGCAUAUACAUCAGAAAUCAAGUUGACUCUCCAAAGAGGAAGAGAAAUGAGGAAAAGAGAAUCCAAUAUAGAUAAAAUCCAUGGCAGUGAUAGUACACUAGUGGAAAAAAGAUUAACCCUCCAGCCCCGAAUUGUAACUAGAUCAACUGAAAAAUCUAAGACAAAUAAUAUUUCUGAACUUAAAACAGAAAAUCCUGGAUACUUGCCACUGAAAAGUAAUAAUGCUGCAUUUUCAUCCAAAGGUAACAACAGUGAUAUUUUACUUACUAAGGCUACUGGGAAGACAAAUUAUAGUAAUGUUACUGGGAAUGUCACACCCAUAAAACCCAGGACCCCUGCUGCUUCUCAAAAUCAAAAUGAGAUUUCUCGAUUAUUACAUUUAACCACAACUAAUCCUAAUGGUAAACCAUCAGCAUUAAAAAUAUCUGGAAAGUUCAGUAAAUCAAAUGGAAGUGAAAACCGGCAGAAUAAUAUUACAAAAAAUGAAUAUUUGGAAAGGCAGAAGACACCAAGGAAAAAUACAGCAGAAGUAUUUAAAUCAACUGUUCAGUAUGCCAAGAGUCCUACUACUUCUGUCUUAAAAACUAGGAUGCCUUGCCCUCAAAUCUCACGAAAGGAAAGCUGUGCUGCAUUCACUCUAAGCAAAAUGGGAAAGAUACAAGAAAAUACCACAUGUGCUCAACGAGCUGCUUCAGUUAAAGACGACAGCAUAAAGCAGACUGUGCCCUUUAAAGACAACCCUUUUAAAAUAGAAAAUAGUAAAGUGACUGUGGCUGUGAGAGUACGGCCCUUUAGUUUCAGAGACAGAAGUGAAGAAUCUGUCCAAGUGGUUUCAAUGGAAGGACAAGAGACUGUUGUUCAUCAUCCUUCUACAAAACAAAUAUACAGUUUCACCUUUGACUUUUCAUUCUGGUCUGUUGAUAAGCGCCCUAACUAUGCAAGCCAAGAAGAAAUAUACCAAUCUUUGGCAAUGCCUCUUCUAGAAACGACCUUUGAAGGAUACAAUGCUUGCCUGUUUGCAUAUGGACAGACUGGUUCUGGAAAAUCUUAUACCAUGAUGGGGUUUGAUGACGAUGAACGAGGAAUAAUACCGAGAUUCUGUCAAGACCUUUUCUAUCAAAUAGCAGAAAAAGAAACAGAACAGAUAACUUAUCAUCUUGAAAUCAGCUACUAUGAAGUCUAUAAUGAAAAAAUUCAUGAUUUGCUUAUCUUCAGAGCUGAAAAUGGAGAGAAGAAACAACCUCUUCGUGUAAGAGAACAUCCAGUCUUUGGACCAUAUGUGGAAGACCUGACAGCGAAUGCUGUUAGUUCUUACUCCGAUAUCCAGAAUUGGCUCCAGCUGGGAAAUAAACAUAGAGCUACUGCUGCCACUGGCAUGAAUGACAAGAGUUCUCGAUCUCACUCUGUUUUCACAUUGGUGAUAACACAAACCAAGACAGAGAUGGUGGAAAAGAAAGAAUACGAACACAGAAUCAUUAGUCGUGUCAAUCUAAUAGACUUAGCAGGGAGUGAACGCUGCUCUACAUGUCAAACCAGUGGAGAAAGACUAAAGGAAGGAGUAAGCAUAAACAAAUCCUUGUUAACUCUGGGGAAAGUUAUUUCUGCACUAUCUGAGCAAAAUCAAAGCAGGAAGAAGUUAUUUGUUCCAUACCGUGACUCUGUUCUUACAUGGCUGCUAAAGGAAAGUCUAGGUGGAAAUUCAAAAACUUCUAUGAUUGCCACCAUCAGCCCUGCUGCCAGCAAUGUAGAAGAAACACUCAGUACUCUUCGAUAUGCUAAGCAAGCUUGUUUCAUAAUCAACACUGCCAAAGUGAAUGAAGAUAUGAAUAUGAAGUUAAUUCAGGAAUUGAAAGAUGAGAUUGAGAAACUGAAAUUGGCUCAGAAGAAUGCUCCAAAUAUUGAUCCUGAAAAGCAGAGACUUUACAUGCAGGAAAUUACAUCUUUAAGAAUGAAGCUACACCAUCAAGAGCGGGAGAUGGCUGAGAUGCAAAGGGCCUGGAAAGAAAAACUUGAACAAGUAGAAAAAAAGAAGUUUGAGGAAACAAUGGAAUUACAGAAAGCCGGCAUUACAUUCAAGGUGGAUAACAGUUUGCCUAAUUUGGUUAAUCUUAACGAAGAUCCUCAACUGUCUGAGAUGUUAUUGUACAUGAUUAAGAAAGGAGAAACUACAGUUGGGAAAUGCAAGCCAAAUUCAUGUCAUGAUAUUCAGCUGUCUGGCAUCUUAAUUGCUGAUGACCACUGCAUUAUCAGACAUAAGGGGGGCAUUGUGAGUAUUGUUCCUGUUGGAGAAGCGAAGACAUAUGUUAAUGGGGAAUGCAUUUCAGGAGCUACACUUCUGCAUCAUGGUGAUCGCAUCAUCCUUGGAGGUGAUCAUUAUUUCCGAUUUAAUCAUCCAGCUGAAGUUCAGAAGAUAAAAAAAUUGUCUUCUAGGACUUCUUUUCCUGAGGAGGGUCCAAAGGAUUUUGAAUUUGCAAAAAAUGAAUUGCUGGCGGCUCAACGAGCUCAGCUUGAAUCAGAAAUAGAAGAAGCACGGCUUAAAGCUAAGGAAGAAAUGAUGCAAGGGAUCCAGCUUGCCAAAGAAAUGGCUCAAGAAGAACUUAAUGCUCAGCAACAAAAUUACGAGACCAAAAUAAAAUCAUUAGAAGCACGACUGGAAGAGGAAUCCCAUAGAAAACAAUUGCAGGAAAUGAACAAUCAGAUGACUGCAAACAAAAUUGAGGAACUGGAGAAAGCAAAGCGAGGCCUUGAGCUAGAAGUAGACUUCAACAAGAAGCGAUGGGAAAUAGAGACAUUGGCUGCCAGAGAGGUUUUAGAAGAUCACACGGUUCGUCACGUUAAGAUUCUUGAAGCUUUGGAGGCCGAAAAGCAGAAAAUUGCUCAGGAAGUGAAAAUUCUUCAGCAGAGUCGAGGAAAUAGAAAUAAAGAACCAAAUUGGGAUUCUUUGAAACUGUCUAUGAUGCUCAGAGAGGCCAACACAAUCAGCAGUAAACUUGACAAGCACACUGUUUUUUGUAGACAUGAUGUAAUGGCUCAAGAAAAUGGCCUUCAAGUGCAGGUCCGUAACAUCAGGCUGGGUGUUGCAACAUACUGGAGCCUUGAGAAAUUUGAAGACAAACUGGCUGCAAUGAAAGAUGCAUAUGAGAUGAACAGCACUGAGGGAACUGAUGAGAUUUUUUAUGAUCCUACUGAUGAAUGGGAACCUGAUUUUUCAAAUGCAUCCAGUUGUUCCAAUUCUUCAAGGAGGAGAAGUAGAAGUUUGAGAAAGAGCAAGAGAAUCUCUGGGUGUUUGUCUGGGAUAAAGGAGAAACUGCACAAUUCAUGUGUAACAGGCACAACUGAUACAUUGGCCAAUCUGAUCUCAGAUCCUCCUGAAUCAUUUGUACCAGGCAUUUGUAAGGAACUGCUAACUUCAGCCUUGGAUGUGCUGGGACAGGUUCACGAAGAAGAAGAAGAAAGCAUGGCGCAAAUUCUUUUAAAAACUUUGAUUACAAUAUAUACUCGAGUCACUGCUAUGACAAAAGCUUAUGAACAAGCUGAAGAAAAUCCAGAGAACUUUUUCACUGUUGAUCAAGCUGCCCAGUCCUGCAGCAUAGCGAUUACAUCGGCUUUCCAACAAUUUGUUGUUUUGACUAACCAGUGGCUGAAGACUUUCCGAAAAAACAGUGAAUUUGUAAAAAUUUUCAGUGAACUAAGGGAAGAUGUAAAACAUUUGGGCGGAUAUCUGCAAUUGCUCUUUCAGGGUGGCUGUGCAGACCUGUCAUCAGUAGUAGCAGAGGCAGAGAAGAAAAUAACGCAAAUAUUGAAACGCCUUGCUAAAUACAUAGGACAUUUGGCAGCAAUGACUGGCUCAGAGCUAAGUUUUACAGAUGGAAAAGGAGGUGAUGAAAGCAAUGCAAAGAAACAACUCAUAUCAGAUAUCUAUGAUGGAAUAGACUUGGGACUGAGACACCUUUUAGAUUAUAUACAAAAAACAUGCAGGAUAAUGCAGAAGGAAUUCUCAAAAUGGUACCCACAGAAUGAGGUUCAGAAUCAAAUAAAGUACAAAGCGAUUGAAUUGGCUAAACACCUUGAAGAGAUCAUGUCUGAGUGUAAAAAAAAUGAAGUAAGUCUAUUAACAGAAGAAGAAUCUGUUGACCAAGAAUUAAAGAAGGCACAUGAUAAAGCUACUGAAUUCUUGGAAUUACAACAUUGCUUAGAUCAAGUCCACCAGAUGAUUAUUCAUUUAUUAGAAGGUGCCUAUAGAAACAAAAGUCCAUUCAGAUUUCUUAUUAAAAAGAUCUGCACUCUAACUGGGAAUUUUACAGCUCUCUAUCAAUCACCUAUUUUGCCUGUUAGCUCAACGGAGUAUCUUCGUCAUGAAAUUCCACCAGUGAUGAACCAGGAUGAGUUGAACUCUGUAGCACAGUCACUCAUUAUAAGUUUUGAACUUGAAGAGAGACAAAAUUCAUUCCACCUUCAGGAUGGUGGCAUUCCCAAUGUUCAAUCUCAAGGAAAACAACCUGUAAGAGGUGAACCUGCAAACUUUGAGAAACGAAAAACAAUUCCAAAAAAAUGUACAUUUGAUCUACCCCUGAAAAUUUAG